UUGUUCAGCACCCAAAGUGGAAGGAAAGCUGUGUGGCCUUUCAAUGGAGGUAAGUGCUGGAUUUGUCACUCUUGUGUAACAUCAGCUUCUUCUCGCUGCCUUCCCCGAAGCAGCCCCGGACUUGCAAGCGGGCAGAAAGUGGCGUCAAACAUGCGUCAAAAUCCACGCCAUCCAAGCAGGGAAGCACCGCAGGAGGACUUAACGCCGCUCAUCUGAGGCCAACUUGUUGUUUUUUUCUUGCUCGAAUAAGGAAACACGACUCGGCUAGCGGGGGAAUCUCACCUUCGCGCCGCAGGAGGCGACACGACUAUCACCAAGAUUGGAUCCGAACGACGCCAACACCUGUAGGCAGCAAUGGGUGCUUUCCUGGACAAGCCGAAGACGGAGAAGCACAGCGCCCACGGCGAAGGCAAUGGCCUGAGCUAUGGUCUGAGCUCCAUGCAGGGAUGGCGGGUGGAGAUGGAGGACGCCCACACGGCCGUGGUAGGCCUCCCCCACGGACUCACCGACUGGUCCUUCUUUGCCGUCUACGACGGCCACGCGGGCUCGCGGGUGGCCAACUACUGCUCUGGCCACCUGCUGGAACACAUUCUGUCGGGGGGAGCAGAGUUCGGAUCCGGGCCGGGCUCCGUAGAAGGCGUGAAGGACGGCAUUCGUGCCGGUUUUCUGAAAAUUGACGAGUACAUGCGGAGCUUCGCUGACCUGCGGCAGGGCUUGGACCGCAGCGGUUCGACAGCAGUUUGCGUGCUGCUCAGCCCCACCCACCUUUACUUCAUAAACUGUGGAGACUCACGGGCCGUGCUGAGCCGAGACAGCAAAGUGGGCUUCUCCACCCAGGACCACAAGCCCUGCAACCCGCGCGAAAAGGAGCGAAUCCAGAAUGCCGGAGGCUCGGUCAUGAUCCAGAGGGUGAAUGGCUCCCUGGCCGUAUCCCGGGCCCUGGGGGACUAUGACUACAAAAGCGUGGAUGGUAAAGGUCCUACGGAGCAGCUGGUGAGCCCAGAGCCGGAGGUGUGCGUUCUAGAGCGGGCUGCAGAAGGCGACGAGUUUAUUGUGCUGGCGUGCGACGGGAUCUGGGACGUCAUGUCUAACGAGGAGCUGUGCGACUUUGUGCGCUCGCGACUUCUGGUGUGCGAUGACUUGGAGAAAGUUUGUAACUCGGUGGUGGACACCUGCUUGCACAAGGGGAGCAGAGACAACAUGAGCGUCGUCUUGGUAUGUCUACCCGGUGCCCCCAAGAUCUCAGAGGAGGCUGUGAAGAAAGAGGAGGAGUUAGACAAAUACCUGGAGGCCCGCGUAGAGGAGCUGCUUACAAACUUCGGCGAGGCCGGGACCCCCGACCUGGUGACUGUGCUGCAGAGCAUCGCCACAGAGAACAUCCCCAAUCUUCCACCGGGUGGCGGCCUGGUUAGCAAACGCAGCGUGAUCGAGGCGGUGUACAACAAGCUGAACCCUCAUAAAGAAGAGGAAGGGGCCUGUGCGGGGGGAGAGGAGGAGAAUGAGGAGGCAGGUAGCACGGUGGCUCAUCUGAUGGAGGCGCUGCGCCAGUUCCGCCUGCACCACCGGGGGCAGUACCGAGCGGUGCUGGAGGAGUCCCUGGCCACCUACCAACUGCGUCCCAAGGAAGGUGGCGGCGACGACGACGACGACAAUGAUUAUGACCAGGAGCGGUCCACCUCCCCUGCCUCUCCCCGCUCGCCCCCGCCCUCACCCGUCGCCGCAGAGCCCGACGCCUGCCAGGACGCGCUCGCUCCCGAGUCCGAUCCCUCUUUUUAACAGCGCAGCCCUUCUUUACCUCAGAAUGUCUUGAUUGACCGAGCCCCUCUUCUUCUCCAUCACAGACCUCUUUAAACACACUUUUCUUCACUCCAUCAUAAAUAUUUCAACAACGCAGGCUGGUCUGCUUGAGUUAAAACACUCCGCCCGGCGAGGACUUCCUGCUCUGCCCCUCCUCCCACUAUUUUUUUUGUCGUCGGCCAUGUUUUUUUUUUCAACAGGAGCCCACCAGCUAAAGCUGCUAAUGCUAAAUAGAAGCUUUGCUUAAAAGUAUUGUUUUUUUCUGUCUGGCUGCUAUUGCCCCCCCCCCCUCCCUUUACCUUGACCUCCAGUGCCCCCCUUUCCCCCCGCCCAACAGUCAGGGCAAUUAAGGGUGCUCAGAACAAGAUUUUCUUCAGCUUUCUGAUUUCGAACAUACAGUGUGUGUUUUUUGUGCGAGGUUGUGUGCGUGCGACUGAGCAGGUGACCAAUCAUUGCUGCUGGGAUUAUUCUAUUGUAUAAUAACUAUUAUUAAGAGUUCCAGUAUGUUUGAAAAUGCCAAUUGUGUGUGUGUGUGUGUGUGUGUGUGUGUGUGUGUGCGAGAGUUGGUGGGUGUUUUCCGCAGCACAUUUAGGUGGGAACAAAAAUCUUAAGAUUCAGUGGCAGUUUGAAUAAGGGCCCUUCAAAAAGCUAGUGUUGUUAUUAUUAUUAUUAUUAUAUGACUGAUUUUGGUCAUCCAAAGCACUUAGGUAAUGCUUAAUACUGUAUGUGUGUGUGUGUGGUUAGUGGUUACAUGGGGCCAAAUCAGUCUUGCAAGACGUAUACAAAAGUAAAAAGUCCUAGAAUAAAAGCAACUUGAGGUACAA